UGCUUGUCACAAACUGGGUGAGGUCUUCUGAGUGGCAGGAGCAGCUAUCUCUCAUACUUUCCUUACAUUAGUUUUGUUUGUGCCGUAAAACAUUGCCAGGUUAUGGAAAUUCAGCUCUGAAUCGAAAAUAGAGGACUUUGCUGAAGUACCAAAGUUAAUUUGAUAAACUGAGACCCUGCGUUGUAAAGAGACAUGGAGGCUGUUUUAGGACUGUUGGUGAUCUCAGCAGGAGUGUCUCAUUGCUUGGAGACUUCCUGUGAUGCUAGACAGAAUGGAUGUCAGUGUUAUGGAGCUCUGGGAGGAACUGUCUAUCUCCAGCUGGUGACUGAUGCUACAAUAUAUGAUGAACUCUCAUUUUAUAAAGGCUCAACUGGUGCUGAAACAGAGAUACUCAGAAUGAAGAAGGACAUAUGGGUAAUAAGAGACACCCGCAUUAAAGACAGAGUACACUUCUUUAUAAACAAUGGGACAUUUAGGUUAAAUAACACAAGAAGUACAGAUUCUGGUGAAUACCGGCUAGAAACAUUUAAUUCAGAAGGGAAAUCAUCAGGGAUCAGAGGACUAAAACUGUUCAUCGAAGCUCCAGUGUCCAGUCCUCAGCUGUCCUCUGAGUGUCUGUCCCAUGGAGAGAUGAGGGUGUCCUGUUCCUCUGAGGGUGAUGGUCCCCAGUACAGCUGGAAUCUGGAUGGACAGACACUGAGAGACACUGAGGCCUCUGCUGAUGAUGAGACAAACACCAUCACUCUGAAGAAAGGCCUGUCAGGAGAUCUCACCUGUACCGUCAGAAACCACAUCAGCAGUGAUACUGUCAGCAGUAGAAUCUCACACUGUCCAGGGCUGAUAUAUGUUAACUGCACCUUAUCCAACGGGACAAAGGUAUCAGAGUGGGUGAAUACCAUUGGUAAUACCCUGUGCAUUGAGUCUACAACAGUGGCGACUGUGACUGAGUCCCCCAUCAGUAAAACCUCCACUGGCUUGGAGACUUCCUGUGAUGCUAGACAGAAUGGAUGUCAGUGUUAUGGAGCUCUGGGAGGAACUGUCUAUCUCCAGCUGGUGACUGAUGCUACAAUAUAUGAUGAACUCUCAUUUUAUAAAGGCUCAACUGGUGCUGAAACAGAGAUACUCAGAAUGAAGAAGGACAUAUGGGUAAUAAGAGACACCCGCAUUAAAGACAGAGUACACUUCUUUAUAAACAAUGGGACAUUUAGGUUAAAUAACACAAGAAGUACAGAUUCUGGUGAAUACCGGCUAGAAACAUUUAAUUCAGAAGGGAAAUCAUCAGGGAUCAGAGGACUAAAACUGUUCAUCGAAGCUCCAGUGUCCAGUCCUCAGCUGUCCUCUGAGUGUCUGUCCCAUGGAGAGAUGAGGGUGUCCUGUUCCUCUGAGGGUGAUGGUCCCCAGUACAGCUGGAAUCUGGAUGGACAGACACUGAGAGACACUGAGGCCUCUGCUGAUGAUGAGACAAACACCAUCACUCUGAAGAAAGGCCUGUCAGGAGAUCUCACCUGUACCGUCAGAAACCACAUCAGCAGUGAUACUGUCAGCAGUAGAAUCUCACACUGUCCAGGGCUGAUAUAUGUUAACUGCACCUUAUCCAACGGGACAAAGGUAUCAGAGUGGGUGAAUACCAUUGGUAAUACCCUGUGCAUUGAGUCUACAACAGUGGCGACUGUGACUGAGUCCCCCAUCAGUAAAACCUCCACUGGCAUGGAGGAGAAAUGCUGUGAUGCUAGACAGAACAUGUCAUGUCACGGAGCUCUGGGAGAAACUGUCUAUCUUCAGCUGAUGAAUAAUGCCACAGGGUCUGAACUCGUAUUCAGAAAAGACCCCACUGGUGCAAGUAUAAAGAUAUUCACAAUGAAAAACAACACAGUGAGAUUCCAUGACUCCAUUAAAGCAAGAUCAGAGUUCUUUAUCAACAACGGGACAUUUAGGAUAUCUAACACAGAAAAGAGUGAUUCUGGUGAAUAUCUCUUAGAAAUCUAUGAUUCACAUGGAACACGUUUGAGCACCGGAGGAGUACAACUGAUAAUUGGAGGAUCUGGGUUCAAUGUGUUUGUUUAUUUCCAACUUGCUGAAGUCUUCAUUCUGCUGACAAUCUGUCUGGGAUCAUACUGGUUCUACAAGAAGAAAACCUGUCCUCAAGAACAAGAUGAUGGUCAGUAAGCAGAGGAAUAUGAAGUCUCUCAGGUGGAUCAUGGUGGGACUCAGAGGAGGGUGUUCAUGUCCUAAGAGUUGCUAUGGGAAUCAACCAGACUUUGAGAUUACCUUAUGAAAUAAUGACUAACGAUGAUAUAAUACUGCUUAUCACUCUUUUAAUCUUGAAACUCAAAGCACAGUAAUGUAUUUAAACCAAAAAAAAAAUGCCAUUCUAUUCUUUUGACUUUUAUUUUCUUAUUUUAAUUAUGUUCCUUCAGACCUGCCCUUAACAACAUGAAUAGUGAAUGAUCUAUGUGAUGAUGUUUAUUUGAUGGAUUUUAAAUCUUGAAUUGUAGUGAUUUAGUGCUUUUAAUUUUGUUCAUACUGUUAAAUAAACUAAUGAAAAAGUU